AUGGAAAAUCUGCAUGAAGCAGUUGGUAAAUUAUUUGAUGUAGUUUUCUGGGUAAACGUAAACCCUGAUGGAAAUGUCAGAGAAGUGCAGGAAAUACUUGUGAGGCAGUUAAAUCUAAAAGCGGAUGAACAGAACAAUGACCAAAGAGCGGAAAUGAUAUCUGAGGAGCUGAAGAAUAAAAGGUAUGUGUUAUUUUUUGAUGGAGUUUCUUCAGAGAUUAAUUUGGAAGAAGUAGGGAUUUGUGAGGAGCAUGAAGCAAGGAAGGUGGUGUUUGCCUGUAGAGACAGAAAUAUAUGCUGGCAAACGGAUGUCGAUAUCAAUAUUCGGAGAUUAUCGGACGAGGACGCUGGAAAGUUAUUCUGGAAAAUAGUUGGAGUUCAUUUGAAGGAAAAUCGAAACAUCAAGCCAAUAGCAAGAUUAAUAAUCAAUGAGUGUGGUGGGAUGCCAAAUAUGGUUAAGAUCAUCGGAGCUAGCUUGAAAAAUGUGAAUGAUCCAGCCAUAUGGCGCUCUUUUUUGAGUCAAUUAAGAUCACCAAGUGGAGAACAAAGGCAAGAAUUGGAAGACUUCUACAGGGUCUUCAAACUUGAAUGUGACAAGCUAGGGGAUGAAAAGAAACUCUGCUUGUUAUAUUGGGCUGUUUUCCGAGCUGGCUAUGAGGUUCCCCGAGACUACAUCAUUGAGUGCUGGAGAGCAGAGCAAUUUUUGGUGGGGCUCCAAACGCUCGGGGAGGCACGUGAUAGAGGGCACGCGAUUUUGGAUGAAUUAGUGAAGAAAGCUUUACUGGAAAAGGGAAGUAAAUGGGCACACUAUAAGAUGUAUCAGCAUUUCCAGCGAGCAGCAUUGAGAAUCGCUAAUUGCAGGGAGAACAGGGUCAGAAUUUUAGUAAAAGAGAGGGAAAAGAUUAGAGAAGAAGAAUGGGAAUCGGCAGAUAGGAUCUCACUGAUUAGUUCAUGCCAAUUAAUUUUUCCAGAAAGUCCCAAAUGUUGUAGAAUCUUAGCUCUGUUUGUCCAGGAAUGUAGCUUGGCAGAAUUUCCAAGUUCAUUCUUCAGUUAUAUGAAUGGCCUUCAACUUCUUGACUUACAUGAUACCAAUAUCAAGUCACUUCCAUCAUCCAUCUCCAGCUUGGUAAAUCUCAAUGUGUUAUUCCUGAAUCGUUGCAGUCAAUUAACACAUCUCCCUGUUGAGAUAGGAGGUCUCCAAAGACUUGAAAUUUUGGAUUUAUGUCAUUCUGGAUUUCAUAGUUUGCCUGCUCAAAUUGGACAAUUGACCAAUCUUAAGUGUCUAAGAGUUUCAUUUAUAGAAAAUUUUGAGAAUCACAACCAUGUGGACUCUGGACCAAAGGAGAUGAUCGCUACUAACAUAAUUGCCAGGCUUCAAUCAUUAGAAGAGCUGAGUAUUUAUGUGAAUCCCGCCAGCAGGAGAUGGAUCCAAAACGCAGAAAGUAUUGCAGAGGAAAUUGCUACCUUGGAAGAACUAAGAACUCUUAGUUUCUACUUUCCCUCUGUGGAUUGCUUGCAGACUUUUGUCAAUAAAAGUAAAUCAUGGAAUGGAAACGACACAUUGUGGCGAGGUAACAGCUUCAGAUCAUUUAGCAUCGAUGUCGGUUAUCAGAGAAGAAGCAGUCCUCCUGUAAAAUUAAUUGACUCAAAAUGCAAAUGCACAGCUGAAAAGCAUUUGAGAUUUUCUGCAGGUGAAGGAUUUCCUGAUGCAGUUGCAAAGAUAUUGGAGGAAGCAUGUGCUCUGGAGCUGAUUGGUAAUAAUGUUGUCAAUAUAUCAUGUUUAAGCACUGCUGAUAAACUAGGAGGGCUUGAAGCUUGUGUAAUUGAAGAAUGUGGUGAAAUGACAAGCAUCAUUGAUGGUGAUCUUGCAGGAGGCCCGGCAUUUCAGCAAUUGAAUGAGUUACACUUACUGAGUCUUCCGAAACUGGUGCACAUUUGGAAUGGUCCAAUAGACUCCAAAAGUCUUACCAUGCUUACAACUCUAACGCUAAAAGGAUGCCACUGUUUAAAAGCACUUGUCUCAGAAGCAAUGGCCCUCCGACUUAACCAGUUACAAUUUUUACAAGUCGAGGACUGUCGCGUGAUUGAAGAAAUUUUUGAGACUGGCAUUAUAGUUGAAUCUGGGGCCUUUCCUAAACUGAAGAAUUUGCAGCUCAUUAAUCUGCCAAGAUUGUCUAACAUUUGCAGUGAAGUAACGCCAUUAGAUUGGCCUUCCUUGGAGACAAUAAUGAUUAGAGCCUGCGAGGAGCUAAGAAAUUUCCCAUCUACCUUUUCAAAUGCAGCCAGAUUGAGAAAGAUCAAGUGCACUGAACGUUGGUGGAACAAUUUGGCUUGGGCAAAUGACAAUGUGAGAAAUCAUUUAGAGGGUGUAAAAGAAUUCCUAUCUUGA